UAACUGGGAGACAUGGAGAAAGGGAGGAGCGACGAUACUUUAUAAAGCACAUGGGCAAGCGCAUAAACCACUAAUUUCGAGAGUUGAAAGAAAAAGAAACACCCGUGGAAAAUAACUGCUUUCUAACGUUGUUUUUGUUGUUGUCCAGCGAAAAGUUAGUUUUCAGUUACUUUUUAUCUGUUCAAUAGAAGAGUCACUAUGUCAAGCUUCGUAGACGUGAAGAAUGUUGAGCCAACCUACUUUGAAGAACAGCACUACGACGAAUAUGAAUACUAUAACCUUUCAGAAAAAUACACAUGUGGCGCUAGCCGCAAGGGGAGGUCAAAGAAGGAAGCCAGCGACAAUACCAACCGCCCCAACCCCGGAGGCCACGAGCGCAAGCUCGUAGAGAAACUUCAGAACACUGAAAAGAAGGCCAAGGAGUGAGUAAAUGGAGUUCAGGACAAAUCGGACGGCUAACCCUGGCAACCGACCACGGCCGCCUUGGCGACAAAACAAGAUGGGCAGGCAGACGGUGAACUCCAAUGUAGAGGGGGUUGAAUAUGAGGAGGAGUCACAUGCUGCCAAUGAGUUUGACUGUAGCUUCAGUGAAGGGAGAUUUCAGUCCUCUCCUUCAUAGAGCUGAUGGUACUGUCGGUGGGAGUGGCCCCCAUAUUGGUUGUUCACCUCAGUCAUGGGUAGAUCUCCACUGAAGGUGAUGUAGACCACUUGUGCAAGCAGCUUCUGAACGACCUUCCCCACGCAAGUGGGGAGUAAUGGGGGUUUUGGCAGGCUGCAUCUCUUUUCAGUAUCAAUGUGGUUUUGUUUUUAAGUCUUAAUUGACGAUGCUUGUCACUUAAUGUUUUUAUAAACCAAAGAGGUUCUGAAAAUUGCUUUAUUUUUAAAAAGUGUAUUGAAAAUAAAUGCUUUCAAUGAAAUAUAUUAAAAGUCUUGGUUUAAAGUGGUA